GGUUGGUCUGUUCUUCCAAGUUCCAGGGAUUGCCAAAUGUUCAAUUGGCCAUGAUCAGACUGGCAGCUUACAGACGCUCGAACGAAAUCAGUGGAUCUCUUCCUCUGUGAUCUAAUUCUUGUUCCUUUGCACCUUGGCUUGCACUGGGCUUUGGCUGUAAUUGAUUUCAAAUCCCUGACUAUCCAACAUGGGUCAGAGACAUGAUGACAUCUGCCACAUAUUGUUGAAAUACCUCAUGGAGGAGAACAAAAUCAAAAAAACCUGCUGCUUUGAGGCUUCCAGAUGGACCAUCGGCCGAAUGAGAACCAACGCAAUUCCCAGACAGGCAAAUGGAAAUGACUGUGGGGUUUUUAUCUGCAAAUAUGCAGACUUCCUUUCUCAAGGAAAGCCACCUACCUUCAGACAGUUUGACAUUCCAGUUAUACGAAAGGUGAUGGUGUGGGAGAUAGUACAUCAGCAGAUCCUGUAAGGAUUGUGUCCUGAGACAUCCAAAUGCUGAAGUCCUGCCUUAUUAUGCUUGCUGUCAAUUUGAUAUUCUCUUUUUUUUUUUUUUUUUUAUAAAGUUGGAUAU